GCGUAUCCUAGACAACGGACUGUCAAACGCGUAGAAAUAAGAUAAUCGAGGACAAACAGAAGCCACCAAUGAAAUUCUAGGACUAGAAGACUAAAAGAAGGCGAAGGUCACCCUUCCUUUCUUCAACUCAGCGCUACGCAAACCAAACUGCCAUACAUCCACCAUCAACAUGUCUUAUCCAACCACCGUCCGCGCCAACUCGGCCAUGUUGAGCAGCCAAGUGGGACAGACCGUCAGAUUCGUUGGAAAGAUCAUCGAGCAAAAUGGGACACGAGCACUCAUGGCUGCAUCAGAUAAGGGACAGGUCGAGAUUCAUAUGAACGAUAAAUCGCAAUAUGGAACGCAGUUCGUAGAAGUCAUUGGCGUUGUCAACGGCGAUAACUCCAUCACAGAGAUGAUCUCGACCAACUUUGGCAACGACUUUGAUAUGGAGACAUACAACGAACUCGUGAAGAAGAUGCAGCAAUUCCCAUCAUUGUACCCCGAGUGAGCAACAGCAGCAGAAGCGGCACGAAACUCGCUACUGCUGCCUCUACCAAAAUCAAUAAACGCGAAUUCAAGUAGCAGUGUAUUCUCAAGCGAGA